ACACAGGAAAACCUGAAUAGGGACGAGCUUCCUCACCUGUCUACGGCUACCACGCCCCACCUCUCUGUGCUGUGACACAGGACAAUUUGAAUAGAUGCGAGCUUCCUCACCUGUCUCACCUUACCUGUUCAAACAAACGGCUCCGUUUGAAACUCUACCCCAACCGAAUUCCACCAGGAAACCAACCGCAAAUGAUAGUUAGAAAAGAAAAGGUGGUCUAAACAAAGUAUUUGUUAGGCAUAUCUCCAAGCCAAUUUAGAGACAUGGAGCCAACGUACCGCGGUCUAGGUCGCUGUUCCUGCGCCUUUUGGUUGGCAGUGUCCUUCGACAUAUUCGGGCUGCUUGUUCUUUUGAUCGGUGUUUUUGCGGACAUAUUCUUCUAUGACUUUUUAAUCUACGCCGGGGCCAUCAUCAUCUUCCUCAGCCUCGUCUGGUGGGUGUUCUGGUACACGGGCAACAUCGAGGUCCCCCAGGAGGAGCUGGAGGAUGACGUCGGGCUCUUGAAGAAGGAGCGGGGCAUCGCAGGUGCGGUGAGGCGGUUAUCCAGCCGUCUCACCAACAGUGUCAGGAACUCUCUGCGGCGGAAUGGAGGCCCCCCCCGCGGGGUCGCGAGAAGGGCAGAGACCGGGCUGUCUACGACUCACAUGAGGGAAGCCCCACAGCAACUGAAGCCCCCGCCUGUCGUAUUGACGAUGGGGCCGCUUGAUGAGGACAUGCACACGGUGUCUGCAUCCGUGGACACAGACAUACCUGUUCCGCACACAGCUACAGAGACCUCGGCCAUAUGAUGCGCAAUGCGCACAAGAGAGAGGAGGGAACCAGCAAGAAGGAGGGAAAAACCUAUCUCUGGAAGAUGGCUACCAAGAGAGAGGAGGGAACCAGCAAGAAGGAGGGAAAAACCUAUCUCUGGAAGAUGGCUACCAAGAGAGAGGAAGGAACCAGCAAGAAGGAGGGAAAAACCUAUCUCUGGAAGAUGGCUACCAAGAGAGAGAAGCUAACCACGAAGAACCAUUAAGAUGGUGACAAACCUGUGACUUUUGUUGUAGUUUAAAGAUAGUCAUAUUGUGUUCCUGUUCCAUCUGGAGAAGAAGAUGUAUGUUUUUCCUUGUAAGAUUUUCAUUGAUUAUGUUGGAGUGUUUGUAUUGACCGUAAUCCCUCAAUAGAGAACUGUGUUCAA